UGAUGAUGUCUGCUCCGCUGACGACAACACCAGAAGCAAUCGUUCUGCUGAUUACUGUGCCUUAGUACUGGGUGGCUCCUAUCUGCUCUCGGCUUUCGAUCAGUGUACAGCAGCAGCCAGUGUAUGUGCCUGAUCCUGACAAACGAAGUGUUCGAUGGAGCGCAGGCUGAGCGGUUGGUAACUAACGGGAGUGCUAAAAAUAGUGGUUGUAUGGAUCUGAAUACAGUAUAUGGGUUCGACUGUAUCAUUAAACGGGUACCGAAGUUAUAGCUCAACAGUCACACGUUCGUGUCACUUGGAAGGUAGGGCCGUUAUAAUUCGUAUGCUGUGAGUUGCUGAUAGCCCGAGGAAGUGUCAACUUGACCAUUGUGUUUAGACGCAGCCUGACAAUCUUCCCAAACAGUGUACAAAUUAGAAAAGCUAACGAGUUUCGUUAGGCGCUAACAAUACCUCAAUUGGCUGUUCGUUCAGUCAGCGACGCAGACGUGUUCGUUCACGAUGGCCACUGAAAUUGAAGAGACUGUCAAGCGAAUUCAAGCUCAGAAGGGCGUAGCCGGGGUUAUUGUGACUACACACGAAGGCAACCCCAUUCACUCGACGUUGGAUGCUCCAACGACUACUCGUUAUGCGACAGUUAUAUCCGGCCUUGCGGAUUCAGCGAAGGCGGCGGUUCGCGAGCUCGACGCUGCGAACGAUCUCACGUUUCUCAGAUUACGAACAAAACGACAUGAGCUUAUGAUAGCACCGGAUAAAAAUUAUAUGCUGAUCGUCGUACAAAAUAUAGGAACAGAAUAGCGCCGUCACGACCAAUUAUGCCCUAAUUAUAAAAAUGACGAUAAAAAAUAGAUUGAAAGCAAGUUUGCGUCUGGGUUGUUAUCUAUCAAAACAAUAAUGAAAUGAAAUUUCAGUUCGUAAUGUUUCCUACAGCAGGAUUUAAUUACAAUUGCAAUAUCCCAGGAUAUCCUACUAACUUUCUAGUGCCAUUAUUACCCAAUUUCAGCAGACUAAUGUGAUUCAACAUAUCAUAAUUUUGAUUCAAUGACAGAAGGACAUGAACAUUUUCCCGGAUCAACAGUUAACUGUGUCCUUGGGGACAGGAUUGUGGUCACUAAACAUUCCUGUAUAUUUUGCAACUGCGUAGAAAAUGUUUGAUGACCCCGUGUAACGUACUUUAUUAUUUA